GUCUCCUUGGGCUGGUGCAACUGUGAAAAUGUGCGGAGCGUGUCGCCUGUGAAAGCCUUGAUAAUUUCCCUAUAUAAUUUUUAUUUUUCGUUUCGCAUUUCGCCUGAUUUGUUUACGCGUUCGUCUCUCGUCUAUCGUCUGCCGUCGCGUGAAAAACUCGUAUAUACUCUGUGUGACGCAGCAGCAGCCAAUCAAAGUGAAAUCACCGAAAACAGCUUUAAUUGUGCGUGGGCCCAGGCUCACUGAAUUAUCUAAAAGAUACAAGAUACUCAAGUGCAUCUGCCAAAGUGUGUGUGUGUGUGUUUUUGUCUGAUACGAACAAAGGAACUUGAGAAAGUUCUCUUUGAAUACGAAUUUUAUGGGAUUAUCUAAUACGCCAUCGUUUCGUGAGAGAGAAAACUUACGCAUCGAGCAAAACAACAUUUAUAAAUAGCGGAAAACUACGAAGAAAUCAAAAUGAAAAGUGCAGCGUAGAAAACAAAUCGAAGCCGUGGAAAUCCAAACAAAAUGUGCAACCAAUCAAUGGAGUUGAACCCUUAAAAAAAUAUAUAUCAAAGAAAAAGAAAAAAUAAAAGCAAGAGCCCAAACACUAAAAAUAAAGGCAGAGCCAGCGCGGAGACACUCUCAGAACUUGGCAACAUCGCAGCGUUGGUCCGCAGCAGAUUGGCCAAAAAUAACCAGGAACGGCAGCAUCAGUCCGUGCAACUAGAUGUUGUUGCUGCUGCUUGCCUUCAUCAUGAGAUUCGUAGACAUUUCCAAACGCUGUGCCGCCUGCUCCAGGGCCGGCAUCGAUUGCCCGCACAACGGCGGCAGCGGCCACAACGCCAACAGCAACACGGCCUGCUGGCAACAUGUUGCCACUGCGGCGACCAGCAAUAGCAGCAGCACCAGCAGCGGCUGUGACAGCAAUAGCUCCUCCAAGGAGAACUACUAUGUGCCGCAGCACCAUCUUCAAAAGCAGCAACAUCGCCAGCGGAACGGCAACAUUACCGUGACGCCGCAGCAACUCGAGCAGAUACGCUUCUAUCAGCGCAUGCAGCAGCAGCAGUUGCAGCAGCAAUUGAUGCUGCGGCGACGCCUGCAACAACAGUUGCGGGAACAGUGUGUGCCAUCUGCCACAUCCAAAACAACAACUACUUCGGCGGGUCUGACCUGCAAUCAACAGUAUUUGAGGCAGCAGCGUCUGCUGCAACAACAGCAACACCAGCGAUAUGUGGACCACAACAGCAACAAUGACAAUGAUUAUUUGAACAACAACAACAAUCUAAACAACCUGAACAACAAUUUAAACAACAACAAUUGGAGCCACAACAUUAACCAACAAAACAAUGGCAAUUUUGUCGGUCAAGGACCAAAACUUCGACGUGGCAUGACAGAAUUCUCAACAAACAACGAUCACAGCAAACCGCAUUUCACCGCAUCUCAGCAGAAACCGCUCCAGAACUCACCCAUCCACCAGCAGUCAUUUGCCCUAUCCAACCCCAGCUCUCAUCCUCAUCUGCUUCAACGCUUGGCCCAACAGCAACAUCAUCAUAAUCACCAACAUAACCCACAGCAACGACCCCAUCAGUUCCAGCAGACUCUGCCCUUCAGCCAGCUACAACACAACAACGGCAACAACACGGCUAGCCACAUUCUCUCCGGAUCGGGAUCGUUGCCACACACCCCGCUUAGCUACCGUAAUCCUCUGAACAGUCCCAGCAACGGCCCGUUCGGCAACACGGCGCAGACGACGACGACGACGAUCGGAAAGCGGUACCAGCAGCAACAGCUGACCGACCGCCUGCUGCAGCAGCAACACCUGCAGCAGUGCCAGCAGCAGCAACUGCAGUCGCUGGGCAGCGAUGCGGAGGAGGAAUCCAUCGGUGAGGAACUGAGCGAGGAGAGCCUCAAACAAAAUGUGGCCAUCGUGCUGAGCAACUUGGAUCGCUACAACAACGCGCUUCGCAGCAUCAUAUUGAAUGAGCAGGUGAGCAGCCUCAUCAGUCCCAGCAGUCAGUCGGGCAGCCUCUUCCUCGGCGAAGACACGGGCAGCCUGCUCUACUGCGACAACAACAGCAACGAGGAGGACCCGGUGGGUAAUAGGAAGCUCCAGGGCAACAAUAACUUUGUGCUGGGCAAGAUGGCGGCCACGCCGGAAUCGGAUUACAACAGCAAUGCCACCACGCCAGGAGGUCGCAGCAGCAGCGAACAGCAGCAGCAACUCGGGGUAGGUGAUGCUAGGAUGCUUUGUGGUGGUGGAGGGAUGCGGGAAACUACUAAUGGCGGUGGCGGUGGCAAUGGUGGUGGCGUCAACAAUCUCAACUGUUCGCUGGCCUCGUCGCACGACUUUACUCACGACAAUUCCGAUUACCAGUGGUUCCUGGACUAUGGCUAUCGAGAUGGCUGUGGCGGGAUGCAGCGCAGCGUGCUGAGCUCCCUCUCGGCCUCGUACAAUGCGAUGGGGGAUCUCAUCUACUACGAGGACCUCGCCAAGAACCUGGACGCCAACCUGGCCGAGGUCGAUAUGGAGAGUUUCCGGGCCGAGGACAUACAUUCCCUGCUCUCCCAGCUGCCUGCCUACUGCAAGAGCCUGGGCGGAGCCAAUAGUCGCCUGCAGCAGUCGCUGCUCCUCCAACAGCAGCAGCAACAGCAACAGCAGCAGCACCAGCUGCAGCAGCAACAGUUGUUGCACCACAGCAACAUGAUGCCGCACAACAUGUCCCAGACGUCGACCACCUCCACCAACGAACUGAUCGACAACUCCUUCUGCAAAUCGGAGUUGCUCUUCUCGCCGGUGCGGGAGUCGCACAUCUCGGUAGACUCGCUGGACAUGGACGCCUAUCCGGACGACGGGGAGAUCAUACUCACCUGCAACAAGGACAACUACACUAUAGCCUUCGAGGGUAGUGUGCUUUACUCAGACGACAGUUUCUACGCGGAACCUAGUGACAUUGCCGCCAGGAAUAAACAGAACUGCAUAAACUUGCACAGCAAUCUAGACGAUAUUGUGAAGCGCAACAAGGCCCUGGAGGUAUCCAUGUCGCGAUCGGCCCAGGCCUUUCAACCACUCUGCCCCAUGUCGCCCAAGGGCCAGGCGGCUAUAGCGGCGGCGGCCAAGCUACAGCGACGCUCGUUAUUCCUUGUUUCGCCCGCCCGCAGGUAUCCUUCCGGGAACAACAACACCGAGACCAUCACGAUCACCCGGCACCUACCACAGUGUUCGGUGCGGAAGAGCAAUAGCCUGCCGAAUCUGCAGAGCGAGGAACCGAUGGCCGGCAGUUGCCUGAAGGAGCAGCACCAGCAGCCGGAGGAGAGUGGCCAGCAGGCAGCUCCGUUGAACGUCUCCCAGGCGAUUAGCACUUCCACCAUGGAGUCGUGCAAGUCCAGAUCUCGUAACCUUUUGCCCAUGUGCCAGAUGCCCAUCUCCAUCAGUGUGUCCGUUUCGGAGCGACUGCAGCAUCAGGCUGACCAACAGAUCACGCCCAUCCAGCAGAUCACACCCACAUCCCAGCAUCAGCAGUCGCAGCACCACUCGCACCACCAUCGCCACAAACAUCGUUGCAGUUGCUCUCAGGAGAGCCAGAACUUGCACAUCUCCGGCUCCGCCUCCUCGGGCAACUCCUCCAAUCCGCCGGCCUUCAAUCUAGUCAAGUUGUUCAUCAAGCAGAAGAGCACCAACAGCAGCGGCGGUCAGGAGGACUUGGUCGCACAGGCGAGUGCUCACACGUGCAUGGACGUCUCCUCCGGCUGCUGGCCCUCUAGCGAUGCCGCGAGCUCGAGCAGUGGCUCUCUGGAGCAGCGCCUGCGCAAGAAGAGCAUGAAUGACUCGGGCAAGGGUUCGGCAGUGAGUCGCCACGACGAGGAGGAGAACUAUCCAGAACAGGAGACUCCGCGACGCCAGUUGAGAAACCGUUUGGAGGCCGUCUUUUACGAUGAUGUGGCCACCUCCAGUUCCACGGGAUCGCUCACGGCCACCAACUCACCAGCGCAUCGUCGCCGCAGUAUGCCAUUGAGGAAUCCCCAGCUCUACCAGCUGGCAGCCCAGGUUUCCACAGGCAGCCAGAUGUCCUCGGAGGCGAGUUCAGAGCAGCUAACUCAGGUGCCAAGGCGCGCGGAUGCGGGAUGCGGGCCCAGCACGCGUCCGUUGUCCUGUGCCUCUAGCUCCGAGAUGAUUACGCGCUCCAUGCAGACCUCCUGCGGAUCGCUGAGCACCACCAGGAGCAGCCUGAGUGAGCGCUAUCGCUGUGUGCCGCCCUCGUUCCUCGAGAAGCUAAACAACUUGGGCGAAGAGCGACAGGCGCCGAUUUACGUGAUCUAUCCGAACUACGCGCUGCCCGACCUGGGAUUCGUGAAGACCAAUGCUAGCACGGAUGUGAUCUUCUCGCCCUUUAACUACAAGAUGACGCUGGACGGGGCGGCGGGCAGUGCCGGCAGCUCGGGAUCUCUAAAGAAGCAGCAGCGCAGUAGUAGCCAGAGUGCAAGUGAGGAUGAGAUUCUCAAGACGCUGGACUACAAGCACGUCUCGGACUGGCAGUCGCUGGCCACCUUGUUGCCGACGGAGUACCGCCGGCGGCUACAGCACAUUCCGGAGGUGAAGCAUCUGGUGCGGCAGCUGGACGCGGAGCUCUCGCAGCGUCCGCUCUUCUGCAUGUCGCCGCCCAUUCGGCGCAACCGCUCACACAUCUGCGACUGCGCCAAGUACUUCCAGGGACAGACCCAGAUGGACGAGGCCUCCAGUUCGGGAUCGAGUCAGCAGCCCAGCUCUGGCUAUCGCGGCUCGUCCACACUGCUGACCGACUCCGAGUUGGAUACGGAUCCGCUGAAGCAGAUGUAUGUGUACCAAUAUGAUCAGCAGCGCAUGGACUCUGGUGUGGAGACGAGUCCCGGCAGUCAGCCGACUCAGACACCGCCACAGCCCAUGCCCAGAAGCAUUCUGCGCAAGGCACACUCAGCACAGGCGCGUUCUAAGCGCAAUUCCAUGAUCGAGGCACAGCAGACGCAAAAGCUGACCAAGCUCGAGAAGCGUCGCAGCCUGCAGGAGCCGCCGCAUAACUAUGCGCUGGGGUCCAACGACGAGCUGGCGGAUGUCUUCGAGGAGGAGGAGCACUUACCACAGGCGCAGCCGGUGAAACAGCGGCUGUCCCGCAAGGAUCUCGAUGCCAGGGCUCGCGCCGAGAACUUCCUGGCUUCGCUGCCGCGCUCCGAACUGAAGCACUAUGCCGAGAUUGCGGCCAUCCUGGAGUCUUCCGGCGAGCAGGUGACCUACGAUGCGGCCGCUCUUAAAAAGGAAGUCAGCCGGGUGCUCAGCCAGCAGAAGAAGGUCUCCUUUAAUGACGAGGGUGUAGCUGCCGGCCUACAGCCGCAGCAUGCUCAGCGCUUUGCCACGCCACCCAAUUCCCCCAACAUUUCCGUGGCAGCACUGCAGCGUCGCGAAACGCUGGACGUGAUGGAGCAGCGCAAGAUCGAGAGCAAUCGCUUCAAGCGCUUGCAGAUCCAGUGGGAGCUGAUGAGCAAGGACUCCAGCAUGCUCAAAGAGCUGGCCAGCGAGGCGGCCACCAAGAGCGGUGGCUCCACGCCCACCUCGGCCAACUCGACGGGUUCCAAUUCGGCGCCCAGGUCAAGGAUUCCGCGGCCAGUGAGCUACCCAGCGGGCAGGAGUACCACGCCCACUUCCUCAAAAACUAUUCCCGUCAUGGGCACGCCUUCGCCGGCCCGUGCCGCUGCCACCACCCCCAAGACUGUCACUAAAAGUCACAACAAACCCGCUCUUGUCUCCUCCCCCCGCCCACACAGACUCACCAGCGCCCAGGAAGCAGCCAGUGGAGCCAAGGUUAGCACCCGAUCGCCCAGCAGAAUGGUGCAGCCGAAGCGUUAUAGUCUGGCCGGAGCGACCACACCCACAUCCUCCGCCACACCAGCGUCGGGAAGGGCGCGUACGCCGACCAAUCGAGUAGCGGUUACGGCGCCAAAUACGCCCAAGCGUCAAGGUGUUGCCCAAUCGCCCAGACCCACCUCGCGAGUGCGUUGAGCGUCCAAACGAGUCCAAGAGCGUCCAAGCGUCAUCCCAAUUAGUCAACGGCAGACGACAGACGGCGAUUAGCAGCAAACCCCGAUAAACCAACAAAAAACAGCAUAACAUAGAAAAACAUAUUCAACAAACAAACAAUGCAACAUUGUAAAAUUCUAGACUAAGGCUUUGUGUGCGGCUCGAUUGCUUAGUUACUGUUGGCCCGGAAAGUGAUAUUUAGAUGGGAGAGCAGGGAUCAGGGAGCGAGAACUGAUGGCGAGAUGUGCUGGUAUCCUUUGAUUGAUUUCGUUGUCCUGAUUUGCGUUAGAGCGUACAAGUGUGAGAAGUAGCUAAAUUUUCUCUUUUUUACCAAGUAUACAUAAUGAAAUCUAAACAUAUGCCAAGUACGCGUAAAUUAAACAAAUAUUUUGAUGUAUAUACACAGCAUACGACAUACCACAUAUAAAUGCGUAGAUGCUUUGCUACCCGACCCACAAGAAACUGAUACAAAAGUGUAUAAAAUAUUUUCUAUACCGUAUGCAAGAUGGCAUAGUAUACAGUCAAUACUCGAGCUAACAUUACUUAAAGCAUACCAAGCAGGAAGAGCUAAGCAGAUACACUGGGCACACACCCAGAUACAAUAAUUGAAGAGCUCAAGAGCGGAUCCAAUCGAUAUUAGGCAAUGUCUAAGCCCCGGGUGCAUUAGAAUAAAUAUUUUUGUUGCUCUUUCCAUGCUCUCGCUGAUCUGGAAAUGUAUUUUCCACAUAUCUAUGGCCUUUGAUGCACCAGCAGCAGCAACUGGUGUUUACUAAAUGAUUUGCAGUCUUUGAUUUUUGAUUUUUAUUCUGUCGCAAGCUCAAGAAAAUCCCUAAUUCGUUGGGUUUUUGUUCGCUUUUUAAGCUGGGACUCUCUCUUUCUUAUUUGUAACGAGCUUAUGCUGUUGGGCCCAACAGCUCAAGGUGAUUUCAAAUUGUACGAUAUAUAUGUUAACAGCCUACACUUACUAUUAAUCUUACUCCCCUUCAUUUGUAACUAUAAAAAAUGCCUAUCAGUCCGUAUGACUUAACUUUAAUUGGUUAUUCAUCUAAUUUGUAACUCAUAAGCCUAAGUCAAGCACUCUUUUCUAUCCUUAAUUGUAUAGCUACACUACUAUUGUAUUAUCUACGAGCGGAAGAAACACAUAUUAUAGAUUUGCGGGAGAACAUGUAUCACCAAAUGGAUAUGCGGAAGUAUAUAUUAUGUAUUAAACCGAAAACAAAACCAACAAAAAAAUGUAUAAAAAUACAAAAUCAAUAAAAAUAUUAAUAAACAUGCAA